CUAUGUGCAUGCCUUCAGGAAGCAUCACCGGUGUAUUCUGGACAGUCAUACACGACACCGGCAAAACAUUUCGCACGUGAAUUCCACUUAACGUAGGAGCCGGUGAUAACUUUACAGCCAGAACAAUGUCUGCCCAACCAUCCAGCUCCGGACGACGCGGGGGACGAGGCCGUGGGGGACGGGGACGCGGCGGCAGCGUGAACGGUUCGCGGGACACCGGGGACUUUAGCGACGUACAGUUCACCGUCGGACAACAAUUCGGACCAGCGGAGAUUUUCUCGGCUCACAAGCACGUUCUGGGCCUGCGUAGCGCCGUGUUUGCUACGAUGUUCGACGGAAGUGCCGCUGCGGAUCGGAAGAAUUAUGUGGACAUUCCGGAUGUUGCUCCCGUUGCGUUUGCUAAUAUGCUCAGGUUCCUGUACACGGACACGGUGGAUUUGCGUACGGACAACGUCGACGCCACGAUGAUGUGCGCGGACAAGUACGAGGUGCCGCUGCUGGUGGAGAAAUGCUGGGAGUUGAUGAGCGCCCAUCUGGCCGUGGACAACUGCCUGUUCAUCCUGGAAAAUUGUUGUAUCGAGACGAUUGUGCAGCGCUGCCUGGAAUUCAUCGACAAAUUCGCUGACAACGUCCUCGCUUCGGACGGUGUGGCGGCCCUGGGAAAGGGGACGCUGGCCAAGAUCCUGCAGCGUGAUACGCUGUCGGUCAAGGAGCAGAACGUCUACUUGGCGGCUGAGAAGUGGGCGUUGAACGAGUGCACUGUUCGCAAACUGGAACCGUCCGGUGCCCAUCGCCGUCAGGUGCUGGAGGAAGUGCUGUAUCUCGUGCGGUUUCCCUUGAUGAGUUAUGCCCAGCUGGCCGAAGGACCCGGAAAGAGUGGUCUGCUACUGGAAUCCGAGAUGCGCGACCUGUACCAGUACAAGUUCUCCGCUACGAAACCACCGCUGGCCUUCUCCACGGAGUCUCGCCCCGGCCACGCUAACCGUAUCGAUGAGCCUAUCGCCGGCCCCGCCUACCCUGUCGCUGCGAUCAUCUUUGACCAUCAGGAAAAGGUCUUUGUGAAGCUGACUAUGGACGCGGAAACCUGGGUUCCCGGCGAGAUUAUCGGCAUGCGGGAGAGAAUGUCUGAGUUAGGACAUUAG